GCUAAUAACGUCGGCGCGGGGAGGAGCCAGGUACCCGCUAUACUGACACGUAAGAAUCACUGCGUAAAUUUUAAGGAAGACGCUGCAUCAUUUUUUUUUCUGAAGUUGAGUGUGGAUGCGGGCACUUCACUUUGGACUUGAUGAACAGUUGACCCGUCCCAGAUCCGAGGCUUGUUUGGACGCGGCGGUAGCGACGCGGGGCUGGACAGACGCAGCCGACGCACACGAUGAGGUUCUCGGCGUUUAUUUCUGUCCUGCGGUCACUCGGCCCGGUAAUAGUCGGCAUCUCUUUGGGCUUCACGUUGAGUCUGCUGAGCGUGAACUGGACGGAAGAAGCGUGUUAUCCGGACGCGAGGGGAGGCGAGGACGCGACGCCGGAUCGGGAUGGACAGCUUAAAGGCGCCCGAAAGCCCAACUCCGUUGCGUCCAACGAUGUGGAGCCCGAGGAGGACUUCCAGCCGAGAAUAGUCCCGUACAAGCAAGUCCAGCAGAGCGCUCCAAAGAAAGUUUUCAGGGCCAAAUACAUAAGCACAGAGUUGGGGAUGCGAGAGCGACUGUUCGUCGGGGUCCUGACAUCCAAAAACACCAUCAGCACGCUGGGCAUAGCUGUGAAUCGCACCAUUAGCCAUCAUUUGGACUCCGUAGUCUUCUUCACUGGCACACGCAAUCGCAAAGUCCCUCACGGCAUGUUUGUGGUCUCCCAUGGAGACGAGAGACAGAUAUGGAACAUGUUUCAGACCAUCAAAUACAUUUACGACCAUUACAUCAAUGAGUACGACUGGUUCUACUUAAUCCAGGAUGACACCUACGUCGAAGCCGACAGGAUCAAGGCCCUGGUGGAUCACCUGAGCAUGGAUCGAGUGCUUUACAUGGGCAGCCCGGAGGAGUUCAUUGGAGGGGAGAUGGAGGGGAAGUACUGCUAUGGAGGCUUUGGAUACAUCAUAUCUCGGACCUUGCUGCUGCGACUGCAGCCCUUUCUGGAAAACUGUAGGAACGACAUCCUGAGCGCCAGACCUGAUGAGUGGCUGGGACGGUGCAUCAUUGAUUACACUAACACAAACUGUGUCAGUGAAUACAAGGGGCUUCAGUACCAUCAUUAUGAGUUGGGGAAAAACUCGGAUCCAAGUAAGGAACAGAGUGAGCAGUUUAAGAAAGCUCUGACUGUCCACCCAGUGUCGGACCCUGAACAGAUGUACCGGCUUCACAGAUACUUCACUGAGAUUGAACUCCAGAAGACGUACAGAGAGAUUGCUAAACUGCAGGCAGAAAUAAAAAAUGUGAGUGCGGUUGCUUUCGAGGGCAACCGAAGCGCCCAGUGGCCGGUUGGGAUCAAUCCACCUUUUGAGCCCAAGUCUCGGUUUGAGGUUCUGAAGUGGGAAUACUUUACGGAGGAGGAAAUCUAUUCCUGCGUCGAUGACUCUCCCAAGUGUGACCUGCGCGGCAUCGAUCGCAUGGAUGUGGCCGAUGUCAUUGACAUAGCCGUGGGAGAGCUGAACAAGAAGUACAAGCCCACGUUGCACCUGAAGAAGCAGCAGCUGAUUAAUGGCUACAGGCGCUUCGACCCCGUCAGGGGCAUGGAGUACACCUUGGACCUUCAGCUGGAGGUGGUUAACCAGAAAGGUCACAGCCGCUCCAUUACCAAGAGGGUUCAUUUGGUACGACCUUUGAGUCAAGUAGAGAUUAUUCCCAUGCCCUAUGUCACUGAAGCGACAAGGGUUCACAUCAUUAUACCCCUCACUCUGCAGGACCGGAUCUAUGUUGACCAUUUCUUUGAGGUUUAUGCCUCAAACGCCUUUGAGACGAGUGAAAAUGCCAUCCUAACAUUCUUGUUUAUUUAUGACCCGGUGGAAGCACAGCAGGUUAACCAGAAUGAUAUAUUUGCCUCGGUGAAGGCGCAGAUUAAUGCUUAUGAACGCAAAUACCCUGCAGUGAAAAUCCCUUGGAUAAGCGUCAAGACAGAAAUACCGUCCCAGAUUAAGUUCAUGGACAUCAUCUCGAAGAAGCACCCAGUUGACACGCUGUUCUUCUUGGCCAGUGUUAACACCAACAUCAAUUCUGAGUUCCUGAACCGCUGCCGCAUGAAUUCCAUAAACAACUGGCAGGUGUUCUUCCCCAUCCAUUUCCAAGACUACAAUCCCGACGUGGCCUACCACAACCAGGCGCGUCCUGCCACCAUCGAUCUGGUCAAGGAGGCGGGCCAUUUUGACCGAAUGUCCUUCGAGGAGUCGUGUUUUUACAACUCCGACUACAUGGCGACGCGGACGCGGAUGGUGGCGGACGUCCAAGAGAACGAGGAGAUUCUCGAGACCAUGGACAUCUACGAGAUGUUCAUCAAGUAUUCCAACCUGCACGUGUUCAGAGCGAUUGAGCCGGCGUUGCACCAGCAGUACCGCUACCAGUCCUGCAACCCACGGCUCAGCGAGGACAUCUACCACCGGUGCGUUCAGAGCAACUUGGAAGGUCUUGGUUCUCGCUCCCAACUCGCCAUGCUGCUGUUUGAGCAAGAACAAGGAAACAGCACUUAAAAAUGACAAUAAAACCUUUGAUUCUACGUGUGUUUUGUGGGGAUGUUGAACAUUCUGUGUUUGUUGUAAUAUCCUGUUCAUGCAAAAAAGGGUUUGGAUUGAACAGGAGCAAUUCAGGUACAACCACCCAAGUCAAACUUGUUGAGUCAAACAAGUUGUUUUGAACACAACACGUACAUGGGGCACGUGUCUGACACCCCAUCUUGACUCCAUCUUUUGUUUGUGAAUCAACUGUUGUUUGAUUUGUUGCAAUUAUCUAGUGUGGACAAAUGAAACUUGUCAUAAAUGUUUACAAUACUUGUACAAAUGACAUAGAACCAAAUGUUUUUGCUAUUCUGACAACCUAUGGUGUCAGAAGGCAAAACGCUGAAGUAGCACAGCCUUGACAUACGGUCAGGUUUCCCCUUUCUUAGCUUUAGGUGUCCACCAAACCUCCAGGGCUGUGUACAGUGGUAAAUCCAUGGGAGUCGCAUUCGUCUCCACAUGGAACUGCAGUAGUCCAACAACGUCUGGAAGAAAAGCAUUAGUUGAGGAUUUAAUGUUACUCUCAAAGAUAUUGCAAGAUCUUUGUGUAGCUUUAAUAGAUAAAGUAGGGUUUAUCUUUGUCCAUUCCCAUAAGGCCAUCGAACCUUUGAUAUUUACAGAUUUGAGUAUUUACACAAGUGCAUCUUUGCAUUAUGUGCCUUGACACUGACUUGUCGUAUUCUGACUGUUCUGAAAUGAUUUUUUUGAACAGUUCACUUUUUCAGGUGAUGUACAACUUUCUCUAUAUUAGAACUUUGGUAUUGUUCCAUUAUGAAUAAUACUUUUGAAUGGAUGGGAUAUAUUUAAUCAAAUGAGCUCUUGACUGAGUUUAACAUUUUUCAGGCUGCUUGGAAAUGUGAGCCACCCAUCCACAGUUGUACUGUAUACAGUAUGUGCCUCAAAGCAGAGAAGAGCUUCCUGGAAAGGAUCAGUUUUGGUCUUCAGAGAUGCUUUAAUAGUUCAGCAGUGAGUGUUUGGGGGGAAAUUCUCUCCGGGGAAACUGUUUGAUGUUGCAGAGUGUUGUGUGCAGAGGGAAAAGGAAAAUGAUCAGUAAUGGGGGAAGGUCACCUGGGUCGGGAUCACCAGGUGUUUCUGUUUAUCAAGAUUUCCCAUUGAAGUAAGCGGUACUUUGAAACUUACUGUAACACGUUUAGAAGUUGUUUGAUAAAGAAUGUACGUGACAUAUUCUAAUGUAGGCAAAAGACAGAUCCUUAGUUUUUUUAAUCUGCAUAGUUACUGAAUGGUUUUAUUGUCUUCUUUCUUAGUCUCUGCUUUCUCUAGUAGCAGUGCAAUCCAAUAGGAGGCCUUUUCUGCUUUACUGAGUUGUUGAACUAUGGGAACUCAACACCCUCACUAUACAGUAAAAUAGGUUAUAACGUGCAAUAUCGCAGAUAGCACAAAGGCACCGAUGUUUCAUGGGCAGCAGGGCUUUUAAAUUCUAAGUGCAGCAGGGUGUAGCUGUAUCACAAUACUUUGCAUGACAUCACAAUAAGUCAUUUUAUAGCUUUAAUGUUGAGUAAAUACACUGUAAUUUCUUUUAAUAAGAUGUUUAAUGUAUUUUGUUGACACUAGACACUUUUUGUCAUCAAAUUUACUUUAAAAUGAAAUGUGUUUGAUUAGGGCAAAUCCUUUUUAUUUAAUUGGUUUUUAAGUGUAUGUUGGACUCACUACAGUUUGUGCUGUAUUUCCAUGUGAACACAGGCUGCUGCUGUUUGCAUUUAUGUUCAGAACGCAUCUCGGUCUCGACGGGAGCAGUCUUUCACUGUUACAGUGCUUCAGCUGACUUAGUAUGAAUGUUGUGGAGGUUCCUUGAAAGGUGUGACGCGAAUAACGUGCGGAGUUGGAAACAAAAAAAAAAAUACCACUGUGAAUCAUGGAGGGCUAAGGUUACGAUAUGACGCUGGCGGUGAUCCGAGCAGUCUUUGUUUCCUGCAGACGUGAGAAGUCGCAGGUAAACAGACGGCAGAAUAAUGACGACCCGCGUCAUCACACAGCCACCAUCGCUUAGCGAAGUUAUUUUUGUCUGUAACUUAUUUAUGUACUUUCUUUAUAAAUUAUGCAGAUUUGAAACACGUCUGCACUAAGAGAGAAAUUUGUGACAUUCUCCAUAUAUAUAUUUAUAUAAGACAUAUUUUAUAGACACUAUUUUUCAGCCUUUUUUAGCUUUAUUUACACAAGUGAUACUUUAUUGUUUUGGUGACGAAAUCAAACAUGCUGUAUUGUAUUUUAUUUUAUUAAAUCAUGUCAUGAAGACAGUUUAAAAUUUAUAUAUUUAAUGUUCACGUUGAAUCAAGUAUUUCAUUUCAAAAAGCAGGCAAAUACAUUCAAAUUCCACUGAUGAUGUUGGUUUACAUUGUUUUAUUCUUGUGGGUACUAGUAUAACCAAAGCAAUAUGUUUUAAUUAAAGCUCGGUACACUUGUGUCGUCAUUUUUAAUGAACUGUGAAUUCUUGUAAUUUUUAAAUAAAGAAUAUUUGAAUAUAAAA